UUCCUCCCUGCACCUUUAAGAAGCACAUUGCUCGCCGGUGGGAUGGUGUGUGCUAAAGCUGCACAGAGGAAGUUACGCAGCCGGGAUCAGGCACGGAGAUAAAAGCUCCGAUUGUGAUUGAAAGUGCAGCCUGCUAAUGAACUCUCCCUUUGCCCUGACCAUGAAAGAGAGAGGAGACCUCACGUAGCAGCAUGGCUUGCAGCUGAAGGCUUUGGGAACUUGAUGCUCAGUUGCCAAAAGGCAGAGUCAGACAGAAAUCCUCACCACCACUGCAAGAAGCAGAGGGAGAAGCAGCAAGACCAGCGCUGCUCCUGUCAACCCACUGACCACCCAGCAUCCUGCUGGGACCACUGCGGAUCUUGCCACCCACCGUGUUUAUGUUGACGCAACCACCCUCUGGGAGAAAGGAAUUUUAGCUCCAAAGAGUCCCUCUCGUCAGCGUUGUACUGACGACCAGAUGCUGUAUUUAUUUUAUGUAUUAAUGUUCAAAAGCCCCAAUAAUUAUUUAAGGCAGACCACAGUUUAGGGCACUUUCCACGGCGACGCAUUUGCGGCAGACGAGAAGGUUGAGGAAAACCUGAUCCAGCACCAUCUCACGGCCUCUACAAUUUGCUCCUAUCAAAUUUCAUCAGCGACUCAGAACUUGAUCUUUCUAUUGAUUGACUGGAGUCACCUCUAGAUAUUUUCAUGCUGAUUUGGAAGCCCUUUCAUACAACAAAAGGGGGGAAAAAUGAGGUUAAGGAAGACUUUUGACCACUGAUCAGCAACGCCGGCCAAAACUUUCCCAAUCAAGUGAUUUGCAAAGUUGGCUUCUGUGCCGAGAGAAACUUUCCACAUCCAAAUACAGCGUGCAGAGUGGGAUCAUUCCUCUGAUCGUCUGGAUCUCCUUCGACUGGAUCAUUUUUAGAUGAGGAGUUUCCAUGCUGAUCCUGAGAGCAACCCCUAGCCCAGUAGCUGCCUUCCUCGGGACUCUCGGCACUGCCCUCGCCCAGGGAUCCCGCACUUGGCCGCAGCUGCCAUGCUCUACCUGGUUGCUCUCCUCUUGCACUGUCUCCCCUUGGCCAUGGGACAGUAUGACAUUUGCAAGUCCUGGGUGACCACGGACGAUGGCCCGUCAUGGGAGUUUUAUGCUUGUCAACCCAAGGCCAUGCGGAUGAAGGAUUAUGUGACGGUACGGGUGGAUCCAGCAGGAAUCACUUGUGGGGACCCGCCGGAGAGGUUCUGCACCCAUGAGAACCCGUACCUGUGCAGCGAUGAGUGCGAUGCCUCCAACCCGGACCUGGCCCACCCGCCGAAACUCAUGUUCGACAGCGAGGACGAAGGGUUGGCCACGUACUGGCAGAGCGUGACGUGGCGCCGGUACCCGGAGCCGCUGCUGGCCAACAUCACGCUGUCCUGGAACAAGAGCAUCGAGCUGACAGAUGACAUCGUGAUAACCUUCGAGUACGGCCGACCCACCAUCAUGAUGCUGGAGAAGUCGCUGGACAACGGGAGGACUUGGCACCCGUACCAAUAUUACGCAGAUGACUGCAUGGAGGCCUUCAGCAUGCCAGCACGGAGGGUCCGGGACCUCUCCACCACCAGUGCCAACAGGGUCCUCUGCACAGAGGAGUAUUCCCGCUGGGCGGGCUCCAAAAAAGAGAAGACCGUCCGGUUCGAGGUGAGGGACCGCUUUGCCAUCUUUGCUGGCCCUGACCUCAAGAACAUGGACAACUUGUACACCCGGCUGGAGAGCGCCAAAGGGCUCAAGGACUUCUUUACCGUGACCGACCUGCGGAUGAGACUGCUGAGACCGGCCCUGGGGGGCACCUACGUGCAGAGGGAGAACUUGUACAAGUACUUCUAUGCCGUCUCCAACAUUGAAGUCACCGGCAGGUGUAAAUGCAACCUCCACGCUAAUCUGUGCACCUUCAAAGAGGGCAGCCUUCAGUGCGAGUGCGAGCACAACACCACGGGGCAGGACUGCGGCAAGUGCAAGAAGAACUUUCGCUCCAGGUCUUGGCGAGCAGGAUCCUACCUGCCUCUCCCCAACGGGUCCCCCAAUGCAUGUGCAGCUGCAGGCUCAGCCUUUGGCACAUAUGAGCGACCGCAGCGGGUUACCACCGCAAAAACCACCACCGCAAAAACCACCACCGCAAAAACCACCACCACAACAACGCCCACCACCACAACGCCCACCACCACCACCACCUCAACCACCACCACCACAGCCACCACCACCACCACCACCACCACCCCCCUACCUGCCACCACGACCCAGCCAGCAAGCAUCAUCAGACCAGCCUCUGAGUUCACUGCCUCUGUGCCUGUGAGAGAAACGCAGAAAGAAACAGACUACACCGGUUUGUCGGCGGCUGCCCCGCUGCAAGUGGGCUCUCCCCUGGCCAAGGCUGGCCCAGGAGCAGAAGCUGUUCAGCGCCCACCAAACACAGCAACACUUGGACCCAAGGCAAAGCCACCAGACCCUCCUGAGAACAUUCGAGCGGCUCCGAAGAGCAAAGCAGGGCGCACAGCACACUCUGCAGGCAAGAGGCACGGGAAGAAGCCAGCAUCCUCAAAGAGCUCAAAACUCAUCCGGCUCAAACCAGACUCUGGCCCAGUGGCUCCUAUUGAAACAUAUAAAGACUGCGAGUGCUACGGCCACUCCAACCGCUGCAGCUACAUCGACUUCCUAAACGUGGUGACCUGCGUGAGCUGUAAGCACAACACGAGGGGCCAGCACUGCCAGCACUGCCGCUUGGGCUUCUACCGCAACAGCUCGGCGGAGCUGGAUGACGAGAAUGUAUGCAUAGAAUGUAACUGCAACCAGAUCGGCUCCAUGCACGACCGCUGCAACGAGACCGGCUACUGUGAAUGCAAAGAGGGAGCCACGGGGCCCAAGUGCGACGACUGCCUGCCCAACUACUACUGGAGACAGGGCUGCUUCCCCAACGUCUGCGACGAUGAGCUCCUGCUCUGCCAGAACGGCGGCACCUGCUACCAGAACCAGCGCUGCGUCUGCCCCGUGGGCUUCAAGGGGGUCCUGUGCCAGCAAUCCAGGUGCGAAGCCGACAAAAAGGACUGCGACGGUGCCGCCAGCGUGCACGGCAGCCUCGGCACCGUCCUCCUCGGGGCGCUUGCCCUCCAGCUGCGCGGCUGGGUGGACCUCUGAAGCCGCAGAGGAGGGAGCCCAGCCCAGGCACGUCACCCGAGGGACCUGGGGAGACUAAGGUAACGGGUGGCUCUCCCCACCGUCUCCUCCGCCUUCCUUCACGCUAGGACUUGCACAACGUCUUUCGGUCCACUUUCCAAGCAGAGAGGUAUGCAGAAAAUCAGGGGCUGACUCCUGGCCACGAAUCCAUCCCGGCGGCAGCCGGGGUGGCCACAGCGCAGAGCCGGCUGCCGAGCAGCGGCGCGGGGACUGCACCAGCCUGUGCCGGGGCCGUGGUCCCGCAGCCCAGCGGGGACACGGGGCCCGUCCUUCCCUCCACGCAGCGACUCUCCUUCCCUGCUCCGCACAGGGCAACCUGGGGCCGGGGCCACCGGGGCCCUGGUGAAACAGUGCCGCGAUCCAAGGGAGAUUUUUUUUUAUUAUUACUUUAUUUACUUUGGUAUAGGCUGGGGUGUUCUUUUUAUUUUUCCUCUUCUUAGUGUCCUGUUUCGAAAGAGACUGUCAUGACAACUCCAGAGCCCCAUAACACAACAGGCAGGGGAAGGGGAGGGAGGGAAGGGGGGACUCUGGUCCAUCCUUGCUGCAUAGUCCCACGUCCCACCAUCAGCCUGGCCUGGCCACACACAUACUGUUGCCUACAACUCUAGUUGCUGCAUUGAUUUUGUAUUUUCAUUGCUGGGUUUUGUUUUCUUGCACUUACGGAGAACACAAGGGCCAUUAGGCAUAUGGUAUGUGAGGAGUGCAGUGUCUUAUCCACACAUGUCCGUAUAGUGUACGGUUCAAAUACUUUUUUUGGUAGAGACUUAUUUUUGUUUGGAUUAAAUGUUAUCAAAGAACCACAACUUAAAGGGACAUUUUGCCAUGAGCAUUUGAUUCUGGUGUAUCCUCCUCCAGUAAAGCAACUAUUAAUGGCUGCUUGAUCACCACGUUUUCCUUUUUGUGUGCACAGUUAAUUACAGGUAAAGACUUAUUUUUUGAUUCAUAA